UCGGUUUUUUAGGGUUCUCUCUCUCUCUCUCUCUCUCUCUCUCUCUCUCGGUUGCUCGAAAACCUUUGUUGCAAUCUCUUCUUCCUUAACCUUCAUUACAUCCCCUUCUCACUGCUUCUAAUUCCCUCUUUCUUUUCCUUCCUUUCUUUCUUCUUUCCUUAUUACUCUUUUCAAUUCACUUCUUAAAUUUCGAUUAUCAAUCGUUCUUUUUUUUUAGUCGUUUAUUGUGUUUGAUUCCUUUGGACAUUUUUGUUUUUGAAAAAAAAAAAAAGAAUUUUUCCCCUUUUCCCUUUUGGUUUGGUGUUGAAAUCAUGGGAAAUUGCGAUGAAGUGGGAGCAUCGUCGAAGCAAUACGGUGUGACGAAGCCAAUUUCAAAGGCUGGCCCAACGGUUGCUGAUAUCCAAAGGACUAAGGAAUUAGAGAAGUUUCUGGUUGAUUCUGGGCUUUACGAGAGCGAGGAGGAAGCUGCCAAGAGAGUAGAGGUUCUUCACCGACUUGGACAGGUGUUAAAAAGUUGGGUGAAGAUGCUUACGCGCAGAAGAGGAUACACCGAUCAAAUGGUUGAGGAUGCAAAUGCCGUUAUAUUCACUUUUGGUUCUUAUCGACUUGGUGUUCAUGGUCCUGGGGCUGACUUGGAUACUUUAUGUAUUGGGCCAUCUUAUGUUAAUCGAGAGGAGGAUUUUUUCUUUGUAUUGCAUGACAUCCUUGCUAACAUGGAGGAAAUAACAGAACUGCAACCAAUUCCAGAUGCUCAUGUCCCAGUAAUGAAAUUCAAGUUUGAUGGAAUAUCGAUUGAUCUACUUUAUGCAAGUAUUUCUUGUUUAGUUGUGCGUGAUGACUUGGACAUAGCAGACGUUUCUAUUCUACAAAACAUUGAUGAGCCAACAGUACGAAGUUUAAAUGGCUGCAGGGUUGCGGAUCAAAUUCUUAAGCUUGUUCCAAAUGUUCAGAAUUUUCGAACAACACUUCGUUGCCUAAAGUUUUGGGCGAAAAGGAGAGGUGUCUAUUCCAAUGUUACUGGUUUUCUUGGCGGUGUUAACUUGGCCCUUCUUGUGGCUCGAGUGUGCCAAUUAUAUCCAAAUGCAAUUCCAAGCAUGCUUGUCUCUCGAUUCUUUAGGGUGUAUACACAGUGGCGGUGGCCAAAUCCUGUCAUGUUAUGUCCUAUAGAGGAGAAUGAGCUGGGGUUUUCUGUUUGGGAUCCUCGUAAAAAUCCUCGUGAUCGAACCCAUCAUAUGCCAAUCAUUACUCCUGCUUAUCCUUGUAUGAAUUCUAGUUAUAAUGUUUCUACAAGCACCCUUCGUGUUAUGAUGGAGCAGUUUCAAUAUAGCAACAAGAUAUGUGGGGAAGUUGAAUUGAAUAAGGCUCAAUGGACUGCUCUAUUUGAGCCCUAUGCUUUCUUUGAAAGCUAUAAAAACUACUUGCAAGUAGACAUAGUUGCUGCUGAUGUUGAUGACUUACGUGCUUGGAAAGGUUGGGUGGAAUCACGCCUUCGACAACUAACUUUAAUGAUUGAGCGUGAUACUUUUGGGAAGUUGCAAUGUCAUCCCUAUCCUUAUGAGUAUAUGGAUAUGUCAAGGCAGUGUGCACAUUCUGCUUUCUUCAUGGGAUUGCAACGGAAGUCAGGGGAGAUUGUUCAAGAAGGUCAGCAAUUUGAUAUACGUGGGACUGUUGAUGAGUUUCGACAUUCAGUUAAUAUGUACAUGUUCUGGAAGCCGGGGAUGGACAUUUAUGUUUCUCAUGUUCGUAGAAGGCAAAUCCCAUCCUACGUGUUUCCUGAGGGUUAUAAACGAUCUCGACAGUCAAGGCCAACUGGCCAACUGGACAAUCCUCAUAAAUCAUCUCAUGAGGAUAUCUCUGGAACUGAACAUUGUGAAAGAAACCCAAAAAGGAAGUAUGUUGAUAAGGUGGGUGUGAAACAGGAUAUUGUAGUGAAAAAACAAUUUAGUGUUCCGAUGGAUAGCUUCGCCAGAAGCAGGUUGAGCAUGGGUUUUAGUGGUUUAACUGCUGAUAUGCACAAUAGUGGCCAUGAUAUGAUUGAGAGGACAAAGUCUCCUGAAUCUGACACUGAGUGUGCCUCAAAUUCUAGUGUGGUUACCUCUCUUACAAGUGAUGGUGGUUCCUGUGAAGAUGUUGGGUCUACACAAAUAGCAGUUUCAGUUGAAGAUCACAAGGGUGUUGACGGGACGAUCAGGGGCAGGUUUCAUGAUACGGCGUGUGGGAUACAUUCUGUCCCACUUGUGGAAAAUGAAGUGGCUAGAGGAAAUGAAGUAUUACAAAAUGAGCUACAACAACAUUUGGAGCCAAGUCAAAUGCCAGGGAUGGUUCUUAAUUCUAAAGGAAGCAUCAACUCGGAUGCUGUGCAAAAACCAAUCAUAAGGAGAUUGACCCCUUGUGCAAUGAAGUAAGAGGAGAAAGCCAGUAGUUCAGGUAAGUAUUAGUUUAAAUGCUGGCUUUCAUUUCACUAAUUUUUUCAGGCUUGCAUGGUCUCUCUCAAGCAUGCAAAAGUGGAUAAUUGACAUUAAGCUGAAGAGCUGGGACAAGAAUUAGUCUUGUUCUUUCUACAGUUCGUAGUUUCUGCGUGUCAUGAUGUCUAUGUUUACUCUUAAUCUAAGGUUUUAAUAGGAUACUCCCUCAACUUGGUACAUAUUUACAGUUUAUGGCCGUUUCUUCAAUGUUCUUUGAUCCUACUGAUGUUGAGUGUGGGUUACUCAUUCCUUUUUCUGUUGCCUUUUGGAGAUAGUUAUAGUGAUAGUGGGGUGGGGACUUUGACUUUUGUUUUCUAGAAAGAACACACAUUUAUGAGCAAUAUAUUUUUAUAUGUACUUCA